AUCUGGCAUUUCGCUUCUCUCAUCUCCCUACUGGCAGAUACCAUAAUGUUUCUUUAAAGAAUAAAAAAGUAUAAAUAGUCGGCAGUAAUAAAUCCUGAGCGACAUAGCUGCUGUAGGAUGUGCCUGUCGAUAUCGUGGUCUUGGCUCCUGUGUGAUGCUGAAUCCCGUUGCCAGGGUGUCGUUGUCUUGCAUUCCCGAUACUUAAUUAGGAGUGAGUCAAGAUGGCUGCAUAGCAUCGCGGUGGUCGCCUGGCCUGGGUCACAUGUCACUAACAGGCCAAUAGCGUGGCGACCUGCAUCCUUUUAUCUGCACUGCUUGUUUGUUGUUCGUUUGUUUCCUCCUUAAAUGGGGGAGUGAUGGUGUGUGUGUAAGUAUGGGGGUGGGGGUAGGAGGGGGGUGGUUGUGAAAUGUAAGUACAGUAAAUGUGCCCCUGUUCUUUUCUCCCAUGUUGGCUUGUGAUCUCCUUCCCCGAUUUAGUCACACUGAUUGUUAGACCCAUGAUGCUCUUCUUCAGGCAGAGACUGAAAGCACCAGUACACUCAGUUGUUUGCACUGGUACUCCUUAGCAUUAGCUACUUAGCCAGUGGACCAACUUCCCUUUCGCUGUGAUAGAUGCCUACAUCCACUAAGCUUUGCUCCUCAUUUAUACCCACGUUCUGCAUUAUAAUGAGUUACUACUCAUAGUGAACUUCUCCCUAGGGAUCAAUAAAGUGCAUCAUCUGUCUAACUGUCUAUUAUAGCUGACUGCCGCAGUGCCUGUGUUGAGCUUUCAUACCAGGCCUGCCGCCUUGCCUGGUUCUACAAUUCCAGCAUCUUGCGUACAUCCUUCCAGCCACAGAGCCACACGUGUAAAUACGCCUGUGCGUUUCAUAUCUAAUAUUGCGUUCAUACACAGUGAUAACCAAAUACCAGGACAGGGACGGCCCCACAAACGGAGAGGGCCAUUUAAGUCGCUGUUAGUUUCCCGCCCCUAUGUGACAGUUGAUUGGUCAGUUAAUGCCCCAUUGGGAUGGGAGGAGCUUUGUUUUUGGCACCUGGCCAGCCAUCUGUGAUGUAGACCCGCUCGGAAACACGGCUCGCUACCCCAAUCUAGCAGUCACACAGGUGUCGCACACACACCCCUGAAAACUGAUAUAUCUGUUUUUUUUUUUUCUUUUUCUGUUCUGUUUUUCAAGGCUUGUUACUUAUUGAUCGUGGGAGCUGGUUGGCCAAUCAAUAAUUGAUACCUUAUUUCAUUCGCAAUCAAGUGAUUCGGGUUUAAAAAAAUGCCGAAGCGGCCACACACAGGGAGGGCGAAGGGCGUGCUUGUGAAUCAUGGUACCGGUUGUUGGUAACCGUCGGUAACUUAGCCGCGCCUUGCUGUCGUGGGUCAGCGGCCAACCGGGGAUCACCGCUUAUUCGCUGUCCGGCUUGUCUGACUCUAGGUGUCUUUGGCCACCCAGAAAUAACCCUGCCUGUUCGCCGGGUUUCCAUGUUGCUAGGGGUUUCCCGGGGAGGGUGGGGGCACGGCACAGGGGAUCUCCAGUCUCUUGGCUAUAAAUAUAAAUACAGCCUGCAGUCCCUUUUCUCCCCCACCAAGCACGUACACACACACAUCAGGCUUAAUACGCAUCCCGCUAGCGCUAAUGGAAGUGCGUGGGUGAUGUUGCAAUGCGCUAGGGCUGUGCCACUGCCACCUUGUGGUGGGCAACAGCCUGCGAGACGUGCUCUCUCUUAAAGCGACAGGCACCCUUUAGCGGGGGUGGCGAGCGGUAUAAUGGUGUUGUGGCCCUCCCCCUUGCUGCCAGACUGCUGUCACACAGAGAUAAUCGAAGCUUCUCGCGACCCGUCGGCCAAGACCAUUAUGCAAAACGAGCCGCCUCUCUGUUUCUGGGAGGUAUGAUUGUGGCGGAUUCGUAGGCUGAAUCCAUUUGUUACGGCCGCUGCCUGGAUUUUUAAGCUAGCUGGCAUGGGGCAGCGAUUAUCAGCUCUCUGUCUUGCUAAAGUCUGUUGUUUAACGGCGUGGGGGCUCCCCAGCAUCCCGCGAGCGAGGUGGCGUUGGAAAAAUACGGCACUGACUCGACGUUUUAAGACACGCUGCACGUUGUAGCAGUGACAGAACACGUUUCUCCUGCUAAAUGUGCAAUAUUACAAUGAGUUUUAAUAUAGAAACUUAAGUAAAAUGUGUAACAGACCGACAUGUUGGAUGCAAAUAUGUGUUGAAGUGUAGUACUGAUUUUUGUACGGUUUUAAGUAGGUUUCAUUGAAUUGGUACGUGAAACCGCUCAGUGCGUCAGCUUGUGCUUGACUGAUGAUAAAAUGUUAAGUCACAUCAGGGCCGGGUUCAGUUGACGGCGCCUCACUGUCCGUGUUCAGCUGGGGGAGGCUGGCAAAGCCGCUCAGUUCAGAUUACCCUCGCACGGCGCACUGCGGUCUCCAGGGAAACCCACAGGCAGCGUCGGAGGGCCCCAGCAGGAAGUUCCUCGGACCUGGGAGCGUUUGUUUACAGUCAGGAUAAGAUGCCCUGUUCACAUGGCGCCAGGCUUUCCAGGAAAACCCAGCCGGUCGCAGAGGCUCCUGCCAGGUUACUGCGCAGGUCAUGGCGUCGUUAUAAGGGCAGUUAAUAUAAAGAGCGACUGCAGCCACUGCUCGUAUGGCCAGUGCCACACCUAGUGGCAGAACUGUGAUAUAACAACCAGUGAAUGUUGCCUAUUCCCUAAUUGCAAGUAAUAAUGAAAAACAAAAAAACACUAUGCACUGGAGUUACUUUUUUGAAAUGCUGUAAGGUUCUGUUUUAGUUCUCACAAGGUCCCUCAAAUCUUUGAAUUUCAAUUUGUGUAUAUUUCUACAGCUACUUGCCCAUAUUUCCUCAAUAUGGCCUUCAUUUAUCCUCUGGCAGAAGGUGGGAGUACAGCAAAUGUACCGAUUUUCAGAUGAGUUGUGCUUGUUAUUGAAUAAAAGAGCCCAGGAUUAGGAAGGUGAGCCAAAAGUAGCUAAACAAGUCUAGUCCCUGCUGUUGACCAUACAGAUAUAUCCAUGUAUCUUCCAUAGUCCUGUCAUUUUCAUGGUGUUUUUUUCCCUGCAUAAAAAGAUGAGUUAUGCAACCGUAAUGUGUUUCUGUGUUCAUAAAAAUAUCCAGAUCUCUAGCGAUGAGUGCCCCCCCCCCCACCCCUCCAGAGCAGAUACCUGCUACUUGUCCACCACGCAUGUCCUUUUGUUCCCGGUUAGUCAGAGGGACGCGGUGAGUUACCGCGGCACCACAAAGGCAGCAGGCAGACGAGCCCUGCGGCUCCCCGCACGCGCACCCGGCCAUCCGCGACCCGGCACGGAACAGCCGCUUGUUCUGCCUUGCCCCCCUCCCCCUUCGCUCGCUGGCGGGCCCAUGUAAAGAUUAAUUUAUCAUUCUGCCAAACUGAUUAGCGCGGACGGAGGCGGAGCCGCGGCUGGUCACGUGACGCAGUGAGUAAGCUCGGGGUUUAGCAACACGGCGCACUGCCCUAUGGCUCGGCAGUACAGUUGCGCCGGAGAGCCGCGGCUCGGAACCGCUAUGGCCAGCGCGCGGAGGACGCUGGAUAAGCUCCCGUCUGAGGCAACCCGCGGCUUCCCGCCAUCAGCAACGGCAGUGGUCACCAGACUUGAUGCUGACGAGAUUAAGAGACUAGGGAAGAGGUUUAAGAAACUCGACCUCGAUAACUCGGGCUCCCUGAGCGUUGAAGAGUUCAUGUCGCUGCCGGAGUUACAGCAGAAUCCUCUGGUGCAGAGAGUCAUCGACAUAUUCGACACUGAUGGAAACGGGGAAGUCGACUUCAAAGAGUUUAUAGAGGGAGUCUCACAAUUUAGUGUCAAAGGUGACAAGGAACAGAAGCUGCGAUUCGCCUUCCGCAUCUACGACAUGGACAAGGACGGCUACAUCUCCAACGGCGAGCUCUUCCAGGUCCUGAAGAUGAUGGUGGGCAACAACCUGAAGGACACCCAGCUGCAGCAGAUAGUCGACAAAACCAUCAUCAAUGCAGACAAGGACGGCGAUGGGAGAAUAUCCUUCGAGGAGUUCUGCGCGGUGGUGGGAGGACUAGACAUACACAAAAAGAUGGUGGUGGAUGUGUGAUGGAUCCACCGGCGCCCUCUCCUCUCCACCCCUGAAGAUUUGCUCCCAGAUGCCCCCGGCGAUGCUCUCUGUGUAUUUCAAUGGAAGUAUUUUUUUUUCUCUGUGAAGCCACCUUUUUCACUCUUCCUUUAUCCCCCCCCCACCCACCCACCCAGAACAAGCCUCAUCAAGCCAACUCUAAAGUGUUAUUGAACUUUGUUUCUCUUUGUAACUCAGUGUAGCACUUUAAACGGCUAAAAGAUUGUUUAUGGAAAAGAGCAUCGCAGGCGAUAGAGGAAGAUAGGGCUGGCUUGUUUUUAUUUUGUUUUUUUUUUUAAUAUUUAUUUUGGUCUUGUUUAUUUUUUAACAAGGAGGUGUAUCUAUAGCUCUUUUGGGGGAAACAGUGUAGUGAACUGUGUUGCGAUUUAAAUAUACUUGAUUUCUUCACAACAUAACAGUAGGGUUUGAUGUGCCAAGCAGAACCUAUUAACAUAAUGAGCUAGAUUAAGUUCUGGUCAUUUACCAUCAUAUUAAUUUUGGGAGAACUGGUUAGAGAACAUGAAGCACUGUGUGAUCGAUGCAAUCUCUAUCCCAUAUAUAUUAAUUUUUUUUUCUCCCCUUGUCUCUGUUUCACACACUAUAAGUCUGGUUUAUUUUGAACAUUUCGCUUCCAAGAAAAAGAAAAGAAUGAACACACAGAAUACCAGAAAUAUAAUGCUUGUUUUUGUUGGGUUUUUUUUGUAUGGUGAGGGAUUGCUUGAUUCAACCAUGUUUGUAUAUUUGUAUUGUUGGGGAGCUAAUCUCUAUUCCUUGUCUUGCUUUCUGAGUUGUAGUAGUGAGCAUAGAGAUAGAUGCCAAGGUGAACGUGUCUAUUGCAAGCAGAACUGCAGUUUACGUCAGCGUCCGGGCUUCGUUUUAUUGCGGUAACUUUUGUGAACGGCGUCCAUCACAUCACCUCCCUACUUCCAGGAAAUUUAAAAAGAUUACAUCACAGCUAAUGAAACAUUUCUAUUGGAAACGGCUGUAACGUUUUAACGUAUUUUUGUAUUUUAUUACCUUUUAAACAGCGGUUAAGGUAAAAUCAAGCUACUGCAUUCGAAUGUGCUCCAAAAGUUCUGAAAACGCAGAUAGUUUAUAAUCUUUUGUAAAUAUAGGCGAGAAUUGCAUCUUGCUUUAUAGUGUGUUACAAUGAUGAACUAGUGCAGGCUUUGUUCUUUUUUUUCCUUAACAAAUAUAUGUAUAUUAGGCAAAUGAGGGAUUCCAUAUUUGUUGUCUUUUUUGGUUUUAAACAGGGAUUGCUUUUGCUUUCAACCAGAUUUCCCCUCUCCAUGUCUUUGUUACACAGUGCCCCCAUUAACGGUUGUUUUCUUUCCUCAUAAAUUUUACUCUCGAAGUUAAGAUUUAACUCCUCGUUAAUGUGUCAGAGUGAUAAAUACUCAAUGGAUUACAUUUCAUGAGGGUGUGCAUUUUUGAAAUUAAAAAAAAAAAAAAAAAAGCUUAUCGCUCCCUCCCCACCGCAUCUUUUUUGUGCUUUGAGAGAAAACUGAGGAGGAGGGGGGGCAGGGUGAAGGGUUACAUUGGGACUUAAAGUGGUUUAAAAAUAUACUCUUGAAGCUCAUCUCAGCGUGAACCCUGCUUCAGCUGGGCUGGGAGCUCAUCCCAGCAGGUGUCUCACUGCAAGUCGUUCCCUUUCAGGAUGUCUUUCAGAAAGGUUUUGCACGCUGCUCCCCCACCGGCUCUCAAUGUGCUUGCAUGAUAUUUUUUUUUGCCCCACCCCUCCCUCCCCUUCCCCAUGCAUGUAGAUCCAUUUUCUGAGACGUUCCUCUUGUUUACAUAUGAGAUGUAAAUGUUAACAUUAUACAGAAUCACAGUAUGAUAUAGAUGUUGCCAAACUCUGGUGAAUGCUAACGUGAGAUCGACCGCGAUUGCUGAGGAUGCUUCACUACAUGGGAGUUUUUUAAAAUCCUUGGGAAUGACGUGUCACUUGUAUUCCACCAAAGCUUCGGGUCAGGCAUGGCUCCGACAGCCACCUGCUCUGCUUCAAGGGGAAACCAGUUGUGAUUUUUAAAAAUAUAUAUAUAUAUAUAUAAAUAUUCUUUUUGUACAGAAGUAUGUUAUAAACACGGUUUUGCACUUUCCCUUCUGUGUGGCUAAUGCUGUAAGACUUUUAACGCGACUGUUCCGUCUCUCCGGAGGAAUGAGUAUUUACUUUGUGAUAAGGAAAAUGAUGGUUCAAGGUCAAUUUUUUUUCCCUUUGCUUUUUUUAUUAUUUUUCUGCAUGCUGCAUCCUGUGCUGUGGGAAAUAUUGGAAACUUCAUACUGUAUGAAAAUGGAAAAAAAUAAACUUUCAAACAGCACUUUGAAA